GGAAAUAUUGACUCUUUCUCAGCAAAACGAUAAUACAUCAUCAACUGUUGCUACGGGAUCAUCUUUGAAACGGAACAGCGAUUGUUUGAAUAUGGUUCCAUUAAAAGUCUCCAAUGACUUUAAUAAUAUUGAUAUUUCAUUAUUAACAACUAAUGAAUCUAAUACUUCAAGAAUUACAAUUCCAAAAACUUCUGAUAAUGAAGUUUUAUUAGAUGAUGCUUCUAUCGGCCAUAUUAUGAAUAUAGUUGAUACGAUUGGACUCGAUCCAGAACCUGAAUCAAAAUUGAUCUCUUAUGACGAUAAUUUACCUGAAAUUCAUUCUUUAAAUCUUCAUAAUAAUAGUUCGAAAAUAAAUUAUGGUUAUGCUGAAGUAUCGUGUGACAAAUCAUUAACUUCAAGUGAAAACGCAGAAGACUGUUCUAAUAAUGAUUAUAUAGUAAAUGAUGAUGACGAAACUAAACUUCGCCGUUCAAAAAGUAAUUUAAGUAGGAAAAGUUCUAUUCGUCAAAAAUCCCUUGAUAAUGGUGGUAGAUUAUUAUCUAGAACCUCAACUGUAAAUUCCAACCUUUCAACCACUGAAAUCAUUGAAGAGGAUCUUAAAGAAUCUGAUACCAUAAACAUUAAUAAUACAAAAAAAAAUGGUGUUAAUCGUUCUUUACAUUUUACUAAACGUGUAAAAUCUAUCAAAUUUUUAAAUAAUUUAUUUAAAUCGAAAAUGUGUGAUCAAGAUAAAUAUGUUUCUUCGUCAAUGAAUAACAUACCACCGCCACCUACAAUUUCAUCAUUUUCCGAGGGACUUGCUGCUGGGAAGCUGUCUUCUCCGUCAACGGAUAAUAAUAACAAUAACAAUAGAAAACAUGAUGAGAGAAAUGGUAGUGAUGUUAAUGAAAGUAAAAAAGUUGUUAAUAAUGGAUAUUCAAAUUUUUACUUGGCUAUGCCUAACGGACAGUGGAUG